CUGAAGGAAAACUUCAAAAGUGUGGUGACCAGCCAUGUUGGGUAGUGGUAGUGUCCGUGGAAAAAGUGUAUUCCCGUAAAAAUUCGAUUAUUUUUCGGUGUUUUUUUAUUUUUUAUUUUUGGUGUUUAGUGCUCACACGGCACAAGGAUUAUAUUAUGGCCACAAUAACGGACAAUAUGAAUUGGGGCACGGAGCUCUGGGAUCAAUAUGACACGUUAUCGAUACACACGAUGAAAGGGAUCGAUUUUUUAGAGAAAUACGGACACUUUGUGAGGGAUCGAGCCACAAUUGAAUCGGAAUAUGCCUAUAAAUUGAGACGAUUAGUAAAGAAUUACCAACCCAAGAAAAAAGACGAGGACGACUACCAAUUCACAUCCUGUCAAGCCUUCAAAGCCCUAAUGAACGAAAUAAACGAUCUGGCCGGUCAGCACGAAGUCGUAGCCGAAGAUCUACAAGCAAAUGUGAUAAAGGAACUUACCGCUUUAGUUAAGGAUUUAAGGGAAGAACGCAAGAAACAACUUCAAGAGGGUCAGAGACUGUCACAGGCACUACAAACACAAAUAGAAACUCUACAAAGAGCAAAAAAGGCUUACGAUAAGGCCUUUAAAGAAGCGGAAAAAGCGAUAGAGGGAUUUCAAAAAGCCGAUGCUGAUUUUAAUUUAUCUAGAGCAGAGGUGGAAAAAACACGUGCAAACAUGUCACAUAAAACCCAAGCGUGCGACCAGGCCAAAAACGAGUACGCCGUCCAGCUUCAGCAAACCAAUCAGCUUCAGCGGCAGCACUUUAGGUCCGGCCUACCGGAAGUUUUCAGACAGUUGCAAGAAUUAGAUGAAAAACGGAUAAAAAACAUUAAAAACUUCAUUAGGGGCAGUGUUGACAUUGAACGAGGAGUUUUCCCCAUUAUCAACAAAUGUUUGGAUGGCAUAUUGAAAGCUGCUGAUAUUAUUAAUGAAAAAGAGGAUACUCUAUUGGUAAUAGAAAAAUACAAAUCGGGUUUCCUUCCUCCAGAGGAUUUCCCGUUUGAAGAUUUGUCGAAAGGCGGUAGCGAUUCGGGAAGCGCGAAUAACAUUAACAAUAUACAAGUGGGUGGAAAAUUAAAAGACGGCGGCUACACGGUUAAAGGCACAAUUACAGGCAAGGCCUUGAAGAAACGUGCAGGGAUUUUCAAUAUAUUUGGCAGUCGAGGGCUUACAGAGGUCUGUAUGGCGAUUAAGAACGCUGCAAUUGCCGACGGAAAGGAGGACUUGAGCGAUUUGCCGCCGAAUCAGAGACGGAAAAAACUGAUUCAGAAACUCGAAGAGUUGCGAGGCAAAGUGUCACAAGAAACUGCCGCCAAGGAGGGCCUGAUGAAAAUGAAGGGCGUGUACGAGGCCAAUCCCGCCCUAGGCGAUCCUAGAACGAUAGAGAGUCAACUGAACGAGUGUAGUCAUAGGUUAGAAAAACUCCAGCAAGAUGUCGUCAGAUAUCAAGGAUUUUUAGAUGAUGUUGUUAAAAAUAUUCAAUCAGGUAAUCAAAAUAAUUCAAUAGCGGGUAGUCCUAGAUUGCUCAAUGGAGGAUCCCGUAGCCAUAGGAAUAGCGGUGGUAGUGCGGCAGAAGAGGACAGUCUCAGUAGAUCCGCCAGUGAUAGUAGCGUAACAAAUCCCACCAUGAACCACAACAAAAGAAUUAGUGCCCCGGGAACUCCGCAAUUAAAUCACGGUCCCGAAAGCGGCCUCGGUACUUCGCACACGUCGCUGCAUCACGUCGACUCUGACCAAGACCAGUACGACGGCAACAACGCCGAUCCGGAAAGUGAGUAUUACGAAGCCGAUUUGCUUGCACCCAUAGGUGUUUGUAAGGCGUUAUACCCAUUUGAAGCAACAAGUGAGGGUAGUAUUCCAAUGGGGCAGGAUGAGGAAUUGCAUUUGAUUGAGUUAGACCAAGGGGAUGGUUGGACGAGGGUGAGACGUAUGGAUGGGGAUGGGGAGGAAGGAUUCGUGCCUACUUCUUAUAUUGAAACUUCGGUGUUUAAGACUUAAAAUUUUCGAUGCAAUAUUAGUGAAAUGUGUAUGCGCGAGUGCGGUAUGGAAGUACAUUUAUUUGACAAGUAACAUUCCUCUUUUUACGUUAUUUAGUUUUGUUAAGAUAUAAAGUCAUUAUUAUUAUUAUUAUUAUUAAUUUAAUCAAAACACACAGACAUUUAUUUAAGCAGAUUGAUUUUUUUAUAUUUUUGUUAUUAUUUUUUAAUUAUUGUCACGAGAACAAAUCAAAAGGAAAAUUGAUCAAAAUAAUUAUUAACACAUCAUACGUCCAUUUUUUUAUGUAUUAUUAUUAUUUGUGAGGAAGGGCAAUUUGUAUGUUCCUUUUUGGCUUAGCACAAUUAUUAUUGAUACUAGCUAAUAGUUAAUAAUUACCCAUUUUAACUAGCCUUUAGGCUCAAAAAAAGGCUGUUAGUUAAAAUUGUGUUUCAAUGCUUUUUUCUUGUUGCAUUUGCCAGGGGGUCCAAAAAUGUAGCAGGUUCUCGAGUUUUUUUUUUGGCUCCCUCUAGCACAAGGCAUUUUUUAUGUAAAUACGUGCUCAUUAUUAUACUUAAUGUAACAUACCUAUACUGUAGUAAUUUGAAAAAAAAAAAAACAAAUCUAUUUUAUAGACUUUUCUAUAAUAUACAAAACAACCACUAUUAUUAUUAAUGUAAUUUAUUAAAUUCAAUUUGCCAAAUUGAGUUCAUAUUUGCUCAUUCUUUUGAGUCAACUUUUAAGGGCUUUUCAUCUCUGUAUCUCGAAAAUUGUGUUUUUCACUCUAUAUAGCAUAUCAUAACAAUUAAAAUUUGUUUUAAAAUAGUGUAAAUAAAUGUAUUUUCGUUGUUAUAUAGAUUGUCCUUGAAAGUUUAAAAAGAUUGCUCCAUAUUGUUCAAGUUGUCUGUAUUUUGUAUAUAUGACUGAACCUUGUAUAAAAAAUAUAGCAUAUUAUUAUAUCGGAAUUGAUUUGUAUAUG